AUGUCCCUUUUCUCCUUGUCCGGCAAGACUGCUCUAAUCACCGGCGGCACUCGGGGCAUCGGCCAAGCCAUUGCUCUCGGGCUAGCUGAGCACGGCGCAGACCUUAUCCUAGUUCAGCGCUCGACAAACGUCUCAGACACACAACCAGCCGUCGAACGGCUCGGUAGACGUUGUGAGGUGGUCCAAUGUGACCUUGCCGACAGAAAACAAGUUGAAGGACUGAUUAGCCGAGUUGUCGCCACUCAUUCUAUCGACAUCCUCGUCAACUGCGCUGCAAUCCAACACCGCAGUCCAGCAGAGGAUUAUGCUACACACCACUAUGAAGCGAUAAUGCAAACCAACCUGACAGCUCCAUUUAUUCUCUGUCGCGAUAUUGCCCGUCACUGGAUUUCGCAGGGGCAGCGCGGUAAAAUUAUCAACGUGGCCAGCGUGGCCAGCUUCCAGGGCGGUAUUAACGUUUCGGGGUACGUGGGAAGCAAGGGGGGCUUGCUGCAGUUGACCCGUGCGUUCAGUAAUGAAUGGGCGGGGAGGGGGAUUAAUGUCAAUGCCAUUGCCCCAGGGUACAUCGAAACUGAUAUGACUGCUGAUACCCUGACGGAGCCACGAUAUGCGGCCUACCGUGACUCUAUUAUACCGCGGAUUCCCGUGGGUAGGUGGGGAAAGCCGGAGGAUAUGAAAGGGGUAGCGGUGUUUCUGGCUAGCCAGGCUAGUAAUUAUGUCAGCGGGGAGGCGAUCGUGGUUGAUGGGGGUUGGUUGGCACGUUGA